AUGCUCAAGUUUAUCUUCAUUCUAACCCCCCUACUCCGCCACUCCACUCCUGCCAAAUCCGCCGAUGCUAUGGGCAGAACAAGACUUACCCCCGCGGGUCUGAAUGAGGCCGCCACAUCCUAUCCCGGCUACGGACUCCUGAGUGAAUUGGGCCUGUCGCCUUCUGCUGGUCUCUCUAUUGACCUCUUCUCAACAACCGGUAUGCUGCCCGUGCCUCCGGUCGUCAUACAGCCCUCAUCUCAGACGACCGCUCACGAAUUCCGGCAAUCCCAUAACCACCCGCAACACCAGCACCCGAUUCAGCAUCAUCACAACUAUCAGCAUCAUCAGCAACCCCAGCAACUAGCUCAACAUUUUCAGUCGCCCGGACAACCGUCCAGCCUUGCCUAUCAACACAGCCUGUUGCCCACGCCGGCGAAUUCCGCGCCCGCUCCGUCCGCCUUGGGCAGACUUCCGCUGAUGGCGCACACGACCGCCGGCCAGCUCUCGAUGCACGGCUUCCCCGGGCAGAUGGCAGAGCCUGGUCGACUCGAUUUCGACGUCGGGCAGUCGGUCCAGCUGGCCUCGCUUCUGGCUGCGGGAGGCGGAGCACUGACGACAGGCCUCCACCUUUUCCGCCGGGAUGCUGUCUCCCAUUUCUAUCGGGCUUCAGUGAAGCGGCGAUACAGCAAAAGUCUCUGUGAUAGGCAGCCGAAUGAGACCUCACUGCAGACUGCAACGCACCAUUUGGUUCUCACCUUCUCGCGCAUUCUGGGCAUCUUUAGGGGCGGCAUCAUGGCGUGUUUGGAUGACGACUUAAUGUGCCCAUCAAUCCUGCCCCCCGCAAGUUUUGCCCCCCGGGCUCGGCCACAUAGGCCGACCUGGUCCUUGUACGCCCUCAGUGCCCGGAGGCCUCCAUCCGAUCUCUUUGUGGAAACGAUCCCUUAUUGGCCUCUCGAACGCUCCGUAAACAGAUGGGCCUCGUAUCAGAGACAUGACGCCAAUACUUAUUUUAUACCUUGUCUGGCUUGGAUUGCCAACUCAAAUGAGACUGUCAGUGUAAGUGGCUGCUUUGCAUAA